AGCGGCCGCGCGAGAGCCUGCGCACUGGGGCCCCGGCGCGUGUAGCGGCUCCCGGCUCGGCUGCUCCGAAGAUGGCGGAGCGCGCCGGCGGUGGCACAUCCUUGAGGGGACUGCGCGAACGGAUGGUUGCUGCUGCUAAUGCCAUUGCUGAAGAAAGACGAAGUCAAGGUAGCUUUAGUUCUGUUCCAUCCCAGCCUUCAAAUAUAAAAUCACCAUUUAAGCCAGUAAUAGAUGGCUCUGUGCUUAAAAAUGACAUAAAACAAAAAUUAGCAAAGGAGCGGAGAGAAGAGAAAAAAAGACAAGAUGAUGCUAAUAGAGAGACACAACUACUUGAAAAAGAAAGAAAGUCUAAGAUCGUAUAUGAAAAACAGAUGGAAGAGAAACAGCGAAAGCUGAGGGAACAGAAAGAAAAAGAUGAACAACGGAGAAUAUCUGCAGAAAAAAAGAGAAACGAAAUGCUAGAGGAAGAAAGGGAGAAAUUCAAAGCCGUCCUUCAUCGUACACUGGAAAGGAGCAGCCACAUUAACCGUCCAAAAAGAUGGUCAUGGGAAGGCUGUACAACAGUCAAUUCCCAAAAUAAGACUGUCAGUAAACAUUCUACAUCUACUGAAAAGCUUGAGCAGGGGACUUGUGGAUUACACAGACAAAUGUCAUCUACUGGUCUUCAAAAUUCUGUUGCCAAGAAAAUACCAGAAAAGAGGCGAAGUUCAUCUUUGACUAGAAGAUGUAGCAGACUGCAUUCAUCUACAGAAACAGAACAAGUGGAAGAAAAACGACCUGGCAUCCACAAUAUAAUCCAGUAUGUAAACAUGCCCCUGCUUAGGCUUAGCAGUGAUGAAUUGAAGAGUCCCAUAGUGCCUCGCAAGUCAACAGCGGUGAUGCCUUUCCAGGAGAAAGUAGAAAUACCUUCCAAGGCUAAUGUGGGAGUGGCUCACAAGGCGAGUGUGGAAGUGCCCCCUGAGGUGAGCGUUGAAGCACUCACCAAGGCAAGCUUGGAUGAAUCCCCCCAGGUGAACAUGGAAGCACCCCCUGUAGUGAGCGUGGAAGCAUUCCCAGAGGAGAGCAUGAAAGAACACCCCAAGGUGAGUGUGGAAACACUCCUGGAGGUGAGCAUGAAAGAACACCCUGCGGUGAAUGUGAAAGCACUCACGGAGGAGAGCCUGAAAGAACACCCCAAGGUGAGUGUGGAAACACUCCUGGAGGCGAGCAUGAAAGAACACUCUGAGGUGAACAUGGAAGCACUCCCAGAGGAGAGCAUGAAAGAACACCCUGCGGUGAAUGUGGAAGCACUCACGGAGGAGAGCAUGAAAGAACACCCCAAGGUGAGUGUGGAAACACUCCUGGAGGCGAGCAUGAAAGAACACUCUGAGGUGAACGUGGAAGCACUCCCGGAGGAGAGCAUGAAAGAACACCCUGUGGUGAAUGUGGAAGCACUCGCAGAGGAGAGCAUGAAAGAAUACCCCAAGGUGAGUGUGGAAACACUCCUGGAGGCGAGCAUGAAAGAACACUCUGAGGUGAACGUGGAAGCACUCCCAGAGGAGAGCAUGAAAGAACACCCUGUGGUGAAUGUGGAAGCACUCGCAGAGGAGAGCAUGAAAGAACACCCCAAAGUGAGUGUGGAAACACUCCUGGAGGCGAGCAUGAAAGAACACUCUGAGGUGAACAUGGAAGCACUCCCGGAGGAGAGCAUGAAAGAACACCCUGCGGUGAAUGUGGAAGCACUCGCAGAGGAGAGCAUGAAAGAACACCCCAAAGUGAGUGUGGAAACACUCCUGGAGGCGAACAUGAAAGAACACUCUGAGGUGAAUGUAGAAGCACUCCUGGAGGAGAGCAUGAAAGAACACCCUGCGGUGAAUGUGGAAGCACUCGCGGAGGUGAGCAUGGAAGCACCCCCCAAGGUGAGCGUGGAAGUACUACCAGAAGUGAACAUGGAAGGACCCUCUGUGAAUGUGGAAACAUCACCUGAGACAAGUGAGGACCUAUCCCUUGAAGCGCAUGUGGAUCCAUCCCCAGAGGUGAGCAUGGACUCAUCCCCAGAUGUGAGUGUGAACCCAUCUCCUGAAGUGAGCAUGGACUCAUCCCAGGAGGUGAGCACGGAAGCAUCAUCUGAGGCUAGUGUGGACAUAUCUCCCGAGGCGAGCAUGGAAACACUCCCCGAGGAGAGUGUGGAAACAUCCCCCGAGGAGAGUGUAGAAGCAUUCUCAGAGAUAAGCAUGGCUGCACUCCCAGAGGAGAGUGUGGAGGUGCUCUCCAAGGAUAGCACGAAAGGGCCUUCUGAGGCAAGUGUGGAGGUGUCCCUGGAGACCUCCCCUGAGGUGACCGUGGAAAUAUCUUCCAAGAAAUCAGAAAUGGACGAACAGCCCUCAAACCCUAUUACCAAGAAGCGCAUACCACCAUCGCAGAUACCGUGUUAUAGAUGGUCGUCAUCUCCUACAAGAAGGUGGCGUCCACCAUCUCCCAUCAGUACUAGCAGGCAAAUUCAAAAGAAUUGCCCCCCAUCACCUUCACCUGGCACGUCAAAACAAUCGACACAGUUUUGUUUUUCCUAUAAAGUAACUCCUGUGCAGCGUACUGCAUUUGCACAAAAUGCAUUAGGUACUAUGGGAAUGAAAAGCAAAGCCGGUUCUAACACCGUUAACAACUCUGAGACUGCAAGCCAAAAGGAUAUGAUCUGUGAAGAAUCUGGUAAUAAAGGCACACCAGGACCUAAGAAUGCUGAGGAGGCAACAAAGAUUUUGGCAGAAAAACGACGCCUUGCUCGUGAGCAAAAAGAAAAAGAAGAAAGACUACAAAAAGAGAUGGAACAAAGGAAAAUGAAAGAUGUAGCAAAGAAAGUGGAUGAAGGUCAAGAAGACAAGUUUUCAAAAUUUGGAGAUGGGCAACAACCAAAGGAGAUGAAGAAGAGAGAAAGUCAGGAACAAGAAGACCAAAAAGUAGAACUCCAGAAAAGUGAUGCCAAAAUAAAAGCUCAGGAGGAGGCUGACAAACGCAAGAAGGAGCGUGAGAGGAUUAUGUUACAAAAUCUGCAGGAGAGAUUAGAAAGAAAAAAGAGAAUUGAGGAAAUUAUGAAGCGGACGAGAAAGCCAGAUUCAAAUGCCUCAAAGGCUGCAGAAACAUUGAGUGGUGAUGCGUAUGAGGAGGAUGAGGCAGAUGAUGAGGAUGAAUCAGAAAGUGACAAUGAUUCCUUUGAUGACAUGCAUCCAUUAGCUACUAUAAAUGGCAUGGAUUCAUCCCCAAAACCAAAAACACAUGUUAAAAAUGUGAGGAACACUAGCAAGUUUUUAGAUGUGACUUCUAGCCAAAUCCAUAAAGAAGAGACAAAAGCAUUUUUAAAUACUGACAUGAAGACCUUCAGACAAAAAAGAGUAAAAGACCCUUUGAAUCAGACAAAGAGUACCAGAUCCUCCACCAAAAGACCAACCAACCGAGCAGCAAAAACUGGAAAGGCGGAAACCAGCAGCACCAUGGGACCUUCCAAGAGUUCACAUUCAGAGGUACAGAAGUGGGUGUGUGACCAAAUUAUCGACUUUUCAAGCAAGACAGAACAACCUGUAUCCAGUUUCCCUCCUGAGAGCCCAGAACACCAGCCAAGAGGCUCUGUGACAUCCUGCUCGAGUCACCAGCCACCUAUAGACAACAAAAACAGAAGUGAAUCUGUGCCUGCUCCAUCAGAUAUGUAAACCUCAUCCAGCCUAGAAGAGAAUCCAUUCUCCAUUCUGGAUUUUGACCUCCAGGCCCACCUUUCAAAAUUUCUCUGCUUCCUACAUGAACCUGGCAAAGAAAAUGACUCUCAAAAAAAAAAAUCAUCUUAACGUAUCUCAGAAGAUGCUCAUAUCAUCUUGGGUCUUGCCCAUAAGCAAGGGUUCUGAGUAAAGAGUCAUUUUAUUUUGCUGUAAAAAUCUCCAUUGUCUGUCAUUCUUGUAUUUUCCUGCCAAUACAUUUGUGUAUCAAGUGUGUCUUUAUAAAAUGUUCACUCUUAAGCAUAUAUAAAAUGCUAAGAGAAUCUUACACCAAAAGAAGUUUUUUUUGUCAGUACCUAUUUGAAAUCUUAAGAUCAUGUUUACUGCAUUUAACAAUUACAUUUGUUUUUGUUGUCUAGUCGCUAAGUUGUAUCUGACUCUUUCCAACCCUAUGAACUGUAGUCCACCAGGCUCCUCUGUCCUUGGGAUUUCCCAGGCAAGAAUACUGGAGUGGGUUACCAUUCCCUUCUUCAGGGGAUCUUUCCAACCCAUGUCUCCUGCAUUGGCAGGCAGAUUCUUUACCGCUGAGCCACUAGGGAAGCCCCAACAAUUGCUUUAAUUUAGCAAUAAAAACUUACAUUCAGUCUGAUAGAGAACAUAAUGAGUCUUAAGGGUCUCAAGAUUCCUCACACAAGUUUUGUUGGAUUGUUCUUAAUAUACAAAUACAGAAAGUUGCAAGAUACAGUAAAUCACAUUUUGUCAUUAAUGUAUGUUUGUUUCUAACUCUGCCAUAGUCUGCCAGUCCUAGGCACAGACACUGGUACCUUCAAAUGCUGACGGUCGUAGAAGGUGUAGUUUUUUUUUUUUUUUUUCAUCUUUCCUGCUUUUGUCAGCAUUUCAUUUUGGAAGUACAUAUUGAGGUUUAUAAAAACAUGUUAUUUUUAUUGUGUACAUAAGGCAGUAUUUGGCUGUUGUCCGAUGGGGUAUGUUCAAUUCCUCUACAUGUUUACCGUGUAUAAUCUUUUUCUGCUUAUGUUCUCCAGGCCUGCCAUUCAGUGUACACUUAGGCUUGAGAUGUGGAACCAAAAUUUGUUUGCCUUUCUCUAGCCGCUGGCUGCAAGUGAGUAAAGGGGCAGUGUUUUUCUUCAGUCCACGCUGGAGAUAGGCACAGCACAUACACAGUGGACAUGCACACAUGUAUACACACACGUGUACACAGGAUAUAUGUUUCCUGAAAUCCACUGAAUCAUGCUUAAAUGAUUGACUAAAACUUGAAUUCCGAUUAGUUGUCCUAAUGCUAAUGAGUUUUCUGGUGGAUCACAAAUAGCUUGAAGCAGGCCCAUCUUCCUUUGUAGCUAGCAGUCUUGAAUUAGUAAACGGAAGUAGUUAUUCUUUCUGAUUCCCUAGUUCUUUGCUAUUCAGAGUACUAUAUCUUUGUUGUAGAUCAGAGCUUGGUGCCUUAGAUUUUAAAACUUUAUAUACACAAUCUCUUUUAUAUAAAAGGCAGAGACAAUCAUUGUAACAAAAUGUGUUUCUGAUAUUUUUCUGCACAAAUUUUACACAUUGAAACACUGUUAAACCUUCAUAUGUGUGCUCUAUGCAAUAAACUUUGCAGGUAAA